UUGUCCUAAAGUUGCUUAUAUUGAAAGCGAUGUUGGACAAUCAAAAUUUAUCCCAUCCGGACCCGUAUCUCUCAACAUAUUGAACUCACCUAUUUUUGACCUUAUUACAUUGGUAGCAAUACGAUCCCGAUUAUUAUUUGUAAUCGUUUAUCGUCGUGAUAUCGCCUGUGGUCCAGACCUUGGCAUACAUGUGGACGAAGAGGUCAACACAUUUAUUACAAUUCUAUUCAUCAAUUCAUUCGUAUCAAAAUCUCCAACAUUUCCCACUUCUGUCAUAUCCCCACCAAAUGAAGAUCCACCUAAAAUUGCAUUGUAUUCUAGAGUAGACGAAAGUUUUGAAAUAGGUGAUGAAUCAGAAGCAUCGUAA